AUGGAUGGUUUUGUAGACAUGGUUGCUAUUGGCGUUUUCCUCACCGAAAAUCCAGUGCCUACCUUGUUAGCAGAUGUUUAUUACUACAUGAGCCAUAGGUACACCAAGAAGAAGGGAAUGAUUGCUUGUUGUGCUCCUCUCUUAUACCAGUGGUUCCUAGAGCAUCUUCCAAAGACAAGUGUUUUUGUGGAACAGACAAACGCCAGUUGGCCUCAGAGGUUAGGAUCACUCCGAUCCGAAGACCUUUCCUGGUAUUCCAAGGAAUAUACUGGUAUGGACAUUAUGUUCAGUUGUGGAGACUUUCUCAAUUUACCACUCAUUGGAACUCAAGGGUGUGUCAAUUCUAACCCGGUUUUAUCACUAAGACAACUUGGGUACCCAAUGGGGGGUCCUUCGGAUGCGAGCUCCUUGGAAGCCUUCUUGUUGCUUGACUUGGGGGUUGAGAAUCCUAGCCUAUUCCAAAGUAUCAGAGAGGCUUGGAAAAAGGUCAAUCGAAAAGGAAAAGCUGAUUUAGGGAGAGUUAAUAGGAUCACUAAAGAAUCAUAUUUUCAUUGGGUAAGGGAAAUGGUGGAGGUGAUCAAAAUGCCAUUCAUCAUUUGGAUACUUGUACCUUUUCCUGAGUCUAAACCCACCCAUAUCCCUAUUGAGGAGGUCGAUGAACUCAAGGCCACCAUGGCAAGACUAGAAAAAGAAAAUGAAGAGUUGAAGUUAAAACUCCAACAAGUCACAAAUGAGAAAAACACAAUGAAAUGGGAACUCGAGAGGAAGGACGUACAACUUCAGGAAAAUGUGGAAAAAUUUAACAAAGAAGUUCAUAAAAGGAAAAAGAUCAAAGUAGGGCUAGAACAAGCUAAACUUUGUCUAGAUACUCUUAAGGGUCAAAUGCGGUAA